AUGGGCGGCUGCAAACGGUUCGUCAUGAACCCGUUUCCAUCCAUGGACCUGUCCUCUGGAGACAACGUCCAUCUGAAAAAGACGGCCAAUGCCUUCCUAAUGGAAUCCAUGCACUCGUACGAGACGUACCUCAAAGCGAACGAGUGUCGCGUCGACGAGCAGUGCUGGAAACUCCUCAAAACUCGAGAGAACCUCAGGCUGUACCUUGAGCGAGAGGUGCGCACGACAACAGAGGGCAAUUGCUCCAUGAUGAACGAAGCAUCGGAACAAGCGGGUACACCCGUGGCGCUCUGCGUGGGCACGCUGCAAGGCAACCUCGACGACGUCGUCUUCGGGACGGUAAGCACAACGUCGGAGGAUAUGUGCCACGAUUCCACGUACGUGGACGACCUCACGGGGGCAGCGGUCCUUGCUACGGUCGUGGAGCCCACCAAGAAAGAACCGCUCGAGACGCUCGCGCUCAAGUGGCAAGAGCUUAAUCUGCCCAUGCACUCGAGCAAGCGCGACUUUGUCUUUAUCGAAGCGACGGGGUUCACGCACCUCGCAAACGGCGAGCGCGUUGGGUAUCGCUUAAUGUACUCGAUUGGGUUCCCACAGACCCCCGAGCUGCCAGAGCGCGUUCGGGGCAUCGUCAAUGCCUUUUUUCUCUGCCGGCAAAAGCACGACAAGUGCGUCGAUGUCUACGCGUCUGGCGUUGUGGCCAACGGCUCAGCCGUCGAGUCGCUCCUCGUCACGCCGUCGGCCAUGAAGUUCUUUACGUGCCUUAAGUUUGCACACUGUGGGGAGAUGAAGAAGCUCACGUGGCUCAUGCAACGUCGCCACAUACUCAACAAGCAGCACGACACGACGGACGUUGACGAAGGGCCGUGUGUCAACUGCGGCAUCCCCAUUAGCCCGCGCCUCUUUGGUAAGUUUGGUCGCUCGCGCGACUCGUGCAAACUCUGCCACCGCCUCGUCUGUGGCACGUGUUGCGUCAAGAAACGACUGCAAUGCGUGACGCUCGCCCUGACAUUCGAAGAGCGCAAGACAUCGUUCUGCCCGUCGUGCAUUAAGGAAGCGUUUGAGCUCGAUCCCGCCGAGGCCGCCCGGGCGCAAGUGGUAGGCAGUAAGUUGCACACACUGCACAACUUUGCUGUGCACUCGGCCACGAACUGUUCGUUUGCAAGCUCGUCCCACUCGGAACGCACGGUGUAG